AUUUUUUCUGUAUUUUAAAAUGAGUAGACAACCAAAAUUGGCCCGCGUGGCGAGUCUCUGGACUAUUCAGUCCAUUAUAGGCGCUUGCCAGAUGGAUUUCAGCUGGAAUUUUCAGAACACCGCAAUCAUGUUCCAUCCACAAGACAUUCUAAUUUUGCUAUUUCUGGCCUGGAUGCUCAACAAAGGAUUCUCAAUUAAACAUUUCGGGUUGAUAAUUCCCUGGUUGUUUAUCAGUUUCUAUGUUUUGUAUUGCUACCAUUGGCAAAGCGUGGAAAAGUUGGGCAAAAGUUUGAGCGCUAACCAGCGCUACGCCUCCUCUACCAAUGUCGUGGCUUUUUACCUGCACUCUUUUGGACUCCUAUUGCAAGCGCUCAUUAUUGUCGAAAUUAGCCGACUGGCGUUGAAAUUGUGGGCGGAAAAUGACGAACGAAAAUAAAAAUUUCAUCAAAUUUUAUGUAGUUUUUUUUUUUGCACAGUGCGGUGUAAACGCACCCAAGACAUUUCAAAAAACCAUCAACAUUGGAAAAAAAUCCAAAAUAUAUUAACUGCCUAACAUAUAGGGUGACAUUUUAAAAUUUUACAAU